AUGAGGGGCUCCUGGCGACAUUUCAGGUUUCCCGCCGGUGUUUUCGCGGUUCCGCGGCAAGUCUCUGUCCCUGAGAAGACCGUGAUCGAGGGCGUGGCGAAUCCCAACAGCAACGACCCGAGGACGAAGCCCAACUAUCGCAGUCAGACCGUCUUUGUUGCAAACAGUGGGGUAUCCAACCACCGCAUCUGCUACUGCCAAAACUUGGAGCGCACCUGGGAGCCCUUGUCUCCCAGAAACCCAUACCACUGUCAAAGCUUGACCAACGAAGAGGUGAAACGCCUGCGGCCCGGGUUCCUGAUGUACUCCAACACCUUGGUCAAAAACAUUGCAUACCAAGGGAAGGACACCACCAGACCGUCCGACAACGGUGCCUUGUGUGGAGGUGGCGUCUUCGAGACACCCGGUUGCGUGCACAAUCAGUGCUUGUUCUCGCAUUUGAUAACUGGCAAUGGCCAGCCGGUGAGCAACGUGAGGAUCGAGAACGUGCGUCUGAACGAUUUCUCCAACGACCCGAACCAUGCGAGUCAGCUGGCGGUGUGG